AUGUCUCAUCUUGGAAAUCAUCAUGGCGGCCUGCAGGGACAUCAUGGAGGACAUGGUCAUCACGUAAUGGGACAUGGUCAUGACGGAGGAGGGCAUGGCCAUGCGGGAGGCCAUGAUCACGGGAGCUGGCUUGGUCCUCAUGGAAUGAGGCAUCACGGAGGGCCUAAUUUUCACCGAGGAGGACAUCAUAUUGGUGGUCAUCAUGACCUGGGAAAACUAGGAAAAAUGUUUCACCGUACUGGAAAUACUGGAAAUCAACACCUUCCAAUAUCCCUUAUUAAAAUAAAAAACGGUGGCCACCAUCAUGGCGGUGUAAAUCACGAGAGGCAUGGUCACGGUUCUAAUGGAGGGCGGCCUGUCCAUCAGUCCAUGGUGGGCAUAUAUGGUCACGGUCAUGGUGGAGGACAUGAUCAGCAUAUAUAA